AUGGUCGAGUGCAGGCGAAUAUGCGCAAACCACGGCGUCAAGGCAGUGUGCAUUAUCGACAGAGAGCUAGUGUGCAUCUCCUUUGGAAAUAUAAUAAAAAUAAUAAACGUAACAACUGUAGAUGUGCUUCUACAAUGUGCAGCCUCAACAAGCAGCAACAUCUACGGAUUGACAUUUCAAAGGAGGUCCCAAAACGGUGGCAUAUUAAUUGCCCAUGGGGUGCACAAAAUUUAUUGCUAUAGGCUAAAUAUUUCUUCAAAUGGUAAAACUUGUGCUUUAAAACUUGUUACUAAGUACUGUACAAACAAAUGGAUACUACGGGCAAAGUUUUUGCUCCCUACUUAUGAAAAUAUCGAUGAGAGAUAUUACGAUGCGAAUGUGAAAGGAACUCGUGCCACAACGGAUAAUCGCAAUGUGAUUCUUCUAUGCUUAAGCAAUGGAAGUAUUGUACUACUGCACAUUUACAAAGGGAUCAGCUCGCGGAAGUAUAAGUUCAGGGGAAUACACCUCCUAUACAGUGCAGACAUUUCCAUUGAUGAGAAAAAAAAAGUGUACAAAAUUGAGGUAGCUGGAGGAACCCCUUUCAACAAAAUAUUAUUAUGGAAUUUCAAAUUGAGAAAAAACAAAAAAACUGUAAAAUUUUGUCUUCCCAAAAAAAUCACUUCGUUGGAACAUGCUCAAGAAUUAGCGGGACACAGAGGAAUUAUUUUUAAGGUCAAGUUUUUUGGAAAGCACAAAUAUGUCGGUUCCGUCUCGGAUGACAGAGAGGGGCGCAUAUGGAGACGGAUGUGUGUACAAGCGCAAAAGGAGCACCCCGUUAUGAACACACAAAACGGAAACGAGUUGACCCAGCGCAACCUCGACCGCUGCCACGCUCACAAGCGCUACUACUACUACCACUACUACCACUACCAAUGUGUUAGGGUACUAACUGGGCAUGACGCCCGCAUAUGGGACAUCGACAUGGGAGUGUUCAACAAGAAGGUUUAUUUCAUGACAUGCAGCGAAGACUCAACUUGCAUUGUCUACGAAAAAGGGAAUCCCCAGAAUUACUUCCAAUUCGGCAACAAUAACGGAAGCACCGUCAGAUGUAUCUGCUUCCACGCACCUUUGGGGGUGAUCAUUUCGGGUAGUGACAAUGGCACUGUGCAUAGUACCCCCUGUGACCAGUUAUCAAACGACUCGAGCAAGCAGUACACACGUGCAAAGGACCUGGUGGCGCAAAAUGACUCCAUCCACUUUGUAGUCGACUAUUUGGAGGAAAAACUGAAAAGGAGUAACGACUGGAUCAGGUCGGUAAGUCACGUAAAUUUAUACGACAUAAUAAUCAGCACCAAUGCAGGACGCAUAUACAUCUUUAAAACGAAAGACACGAAAAACAUAGAAGUGUUGUUAAUUUAUGAGGAGGAAAAAAAAAACUACUUCUUGACGUGCAUGGAUUUUCAUGGCUUGGAUUAUAUAUGCCUCGGAUUUAGCAACGGAUUUUGCUGCUUCAUUUUUUUAAAAAAUGAAAAUGCUGCGACUGAGUUGAUAAAAUCGGGUGAACAGAACAAGGAGCUAACUUAUUUUAAGUGCUUCAAUCACCGCAUCAGUGAGAUGUGUUUGGUCCCCCUGGCAUCUGUGAAUUACGAUAGGUUGAUUUCCCGUGGGGGGUAUGACAAUGUAGAAGACGUUUUGCACGCCUGGGUGAAGAAGGAGGUAGAGGGGGGGGCCUCCGAUGGGAGCUGCCGUAGAAGCCGAUACAACAAUGGUGACCCUCGCGCAACGAGCAGCUUCUACCAAAUUGCGUAUAGCCACGAGGAGGACCCACGACAGCACAGAGAGGGCAACUCGCACGACACGCAGAGCGAAAGCAGAGUGGUGCACAUCCGUACGUUACUCCUAGCCGUUUUUGACCACACGGGAGUUAUUCAAAUAUUCAGCGCACAAAAAGGUGGACACAAAGUCGAAGCAAACAAAGUCGAAGCAAGCAAAGUCGAAGCAAACAAAGUCGAGGUAAACAAAGUCGCGCAAACAGACAUCGACGUGAAGAAUAAAAAGUCCAAAAUCAUUUCAGUGAAUUACCUUAUGAAGCAAAAAAAAAAAAAUGGGUAUCAUAUUUUUG